AUGGUGCUGUCACUGCAGAUCAAGACUGGCAAAGCGGAGUUUUAUGUGGACCUGGUUGCAGCAUCCACGGUGCAGGAUGUAAAGAUUGCGUCGACUGCGGGCUGUGACAUUGAUCCAGAGCUCAUGAAGGUCAUCUACAAGGGCAAGGUUCUAAAAGAUGACGAGGUCCUGGCAAGCAUUGGUAUUCAAACUGGUGAUGCGCUGCACAUUGCCAAAGGCAUGAGCAGACCCGUCGCCGAGUCAAACAGUGAGAGCCGCAACUCCGGUUAUGCAGGGUUACCCACCGACAAAAUUGAGAUUCACUUCAAGGGCCCGAAUGGUACAGAGGUUCGCUCGGAUGAAUUCUGUGCAACAGACACCGUACGGCAGCUUCGCCAGUUUGCCAGUGAUAAGUUCGAAGUGAAUCCAGAUGAAAUGCACCUUCUGCACAAGGGCAGGAUUCUCAAGGAUGACGGCAUCUCACUAGGCGGCAGUGGAGUAGCCACUGGUUCUGUCUUGAGAGUUGCACGUCGGCAUGCCGGUUCGGAUUCCACCAGUACCAUCAAUGCAGAGCCAACGCCAGUUCAAGAAGCGGCUGGCUCACCCAUGCCAAUGGCAUGGGGAGCCACAACAGGCGAUCUGGAACAGAUUCGGACGAUGGCACGGACUCUCGGACUGCCGCUGGAACCCCUGGAGCAGGUCUUGCGAGAUAUGCCGCCUCAGCAGGCUAUGGCUGCAGCAAUGCAGGAGAUGGCACGGUUGCAGCGUGGUCCGCAGGCCGGCGAAACUGCCGUGCAGAUGCAGGCCAGAUGGGAUCGUGAGGCUGCUGACAUGGCGCGGCAGGUGAGGGCAUACUUAGAACGGGAAGGACACCAGGUCGAGGAAGAUGGAGAUGAGCUGCUGGCUGACAUCUCGCGAACCCUGGCGGAGGCAAGGGCACGGGGAGCUCCUGUGCCAAAUGCAGCCGUCUUCGUUGACCGCUCUGUGGAAAGAAGGCGUCAAGCCCGGGAGCUACAGAGGCGAAUGGCGCGGGAAGCCAGUGGCCUGGACCCAGAAAUUGAGGACGCAUUUGCGGCAGCGGAGCAAUCCCUGGCAGCUGCCGCCAGGGCACCACGGCGGCUGGGUGGAGACACCACCAAAGUGGAUGAUGCCAGCAGCGCCUUUACCUAUCCUCGGUUGCUCACUCCAGUCUCUGUGUGUGUGUGUGUGCAGUUUGACGGAGUCUUCGAACAGGAGACAGGCUCUUGGGCCCAAAUUACAGAUCCUGCAUGCGCCGCAGCCUUCUUUAGCUGGCUCGUGGCAAAGCCACGAGCAGCGCUCCAGGCCAAGCAGCUGAUGGGAAAACUUCAAGCCUUGGAACUUUCUGAUUCCUGCCCGGACCUGUGCGAGGCCUUGAUGGAGGCCUUGCGCAAACGCAGCAACACAUGGCAGUAUGGUGACCUGAGCCUGGAUGUGGAGGGCUCUGCAGACAGCGUUGUUUGUCCCGUGACAAGUGGCCGAAAGAGUUGCCGACAGGGCACCGUUGCCCGUUCACUAGAGCCUCGUCGCACGGCCCUGCCUGACACCCCUGAGACCGAACGAAUGGUUAGGGUGACAGUCGGCCUCAGCGCAGAGUCUAGGAGCAUUGUCGUCGACAGCACCACUACGAUAGCAAAGCUACGGAGGAAGAUACAGGAGGUGUCCGGAGUCUCUCAGCGUGCCCAGAUGUUGUCGAUUAGCGGCCGUGCGUUGGGUAGUUCCGCGGACCACCAACUCCUGUCUGAAGUGGCACCAGAAGUUUUCUAUUGUGAUGGCGUCGACCUUUGUGUCCUCAGACGGUGUAGCGAGUCGCAGGCAGAAUGGCUUGACAUGCUCGAGCGCGGUGAUGAGUCUGCACGAGCUGGACUUUUCUCAGGUGUUGCCAGAGAUCUACAGGAGCUCUGCGACUUCAACCGGCUGUCCCGCUUCAGACACGUGCUCCAAGAGCACAUGAUGAAUGAUGCGCACAGAUACGCUUUUCAUCGCUUGCGAGUACAUCUUCUUCACGAGAGAUGUCCAUUCACUCAUCCCGGGGUGUGGCGGAGUGAGGUUUGCCAAUGGCUGCAGGAGGAUGAGACCUUCCUCCUCAUGGCGUUGGAAAUCAACAAUCCUGCUGCUGAAGUCCACACUCCUAUACUGUUGUAUGGGGCCAGGGAGCAGAUCCAGGCGAAAUUGGAUCUGGCAAAGAUGUUGGCAGGUAACCCUCGGGUAGAUCCGCUGGUCCUGGCUGAUGUUGCGCCGAGGGUGCUGCAUGACCGGGAGUUUCUGCUAAUCGCUGCCAGGAGGAGCGGUGCCAUUUUGCAGAUGGCUGCGCCUGAGCUGCAGCAGGACCUUGAACUCGUCAAGGCCUGUGUCAUGCAGUCGGGCAGCGCGCUGCGGUUUGUGGCACCCGAGCUGAAAGCCAACAAGGACAUCGUUCUUCGUGCAGUGGGGAAUACUGGCCUUGCGCUGGAGCAUGCUGCGUCAGAGCUCAGAGAUGACGAAGAGGUUGUGCAGCUCGCGGUACGAUGCACUGGCCUUGCUCUAGAGUUCGCAUCUUCCAGGCUGAAGGCGCAGCGGACAAUCGUCUUGGAGUCCGUGAGCCAAGACGGUUGUGCAAUUAUGUUCGCGACUGAGGGGUUGAAGGACGACAUGGACGUAGUCACGCGAGCUGUACAGGUUUCAGGCCAGGCUCUAAAGCACGUCUCGGCGCGCUUGCGCAAUACGCGAGAGGUGGUGGUGCUUGCGGCCCGCCAGCAUGCGCAGUCCUUGCAGCAUGCAUCGCCCGAGCUCAGAUCAGAUCUGGGCACCGUCAUUGACGCUGUUUCUGCGAGUUUCAAGGCCUUCGAGUUCGCGAGUCCAGAACUUCGAGGUGAACCGAAGGUUAUCCGUUGUGCGGCCAAGCAGCUACUCGCGACGCACGGCAUCCUUGUGCGCACCGAUGACGAGCUGCCGCAUGCCAUUGAAACAAAUGUUCUGCUCGUCUCGAAGGAGUCAGGGCAGCAUUUGCUGGCAGCCCUGCAGACUGGCCUUCUCACAACAAGGACGUUCGGCUUGGCAGUUGUGCGCCACGAUCCUCAGCUGUAUCGGCGACUGGAGGAGCAUGUGAAGGCAGACAGGGAGGUUGCUUUGGAGGCCGUGAAGCGGCUUCCAGACUUGUUUCCUGACAUGCCCUUCCGGACACGAAAUGAGGAGGACGUCCAGGUUGCUGCAGUGUUGCAGAGACCUGAGAUGGUCAGCUUUGUUUUGCCGACGGAUGCUCCUGGUCCAAGACAGAGUUCCUCCAUCCCCCAGGAUAAAGAUCAGUCUCUGCUGAAGUGGUAUUCAGGGAAAGCUGAGCUCUGGUGUAUGCCCCAACGCUGUAGCUGCUUCUACCUUUUGAGUUCAUGCUGA